CUCUACGGCGUUUCCAUUGCCAGCCUGAAGCACCGCGUCGAAUUACACGCCAAGUUUCCUGCAAAUGCGCCUUUUGCGCCAAUUUCUUGUUACCUCGUUAUGUGCUACUCUGUCCUGGGCAUUGCAUGAAUCCGAUGUUGGCGUCGUAGACUGGCAUAAGAAGCUAAUCGGUGUACCAUUGUACCACUCUCUUCAAACGGCACCGGUAUUCUACCAAGAUAUCGUUUAUACCGCUACAGGCAACAACGUCUUAGCCGCGCUCAAUGCUACAGACGGUUCUAUUGUUUGGAGAAGUAUAUUCGAACCGGAGGAUCCUAUCAGCGCUUUCGGUGUUCAUUCUAAUACCAUAGUCUCACUCUCUGGUCCCGGAGGAGCUACUCUACGUGAAUUCGAUUUGUUUAAAGGCCAUCUCUUGCUUGAGAAGCGGCUACAUGACCCAUUGCUUGGCCACCUUUGGGAGCCUAGUAACCUGGGCACAUCAAUAAUAUCUACCGGUGCUAGCUCGUCUUCGGAUUCAAGCUCGUCGACAAUUCUCGCACUAACGAACGGUGACACCUUGACUUCCAUAAAUAGCAGCACGGGGGAGACACAUUGGGAAUGGACUUCUCCUGACAAAGGAACUUUAAUUAUAUACUCCAAAGCGAUUACCACCCCGACUACAGCCUAUGUUAUUGGUUUCGCAAAAUCAGCCUCGUCGUUUACUCUUCAUGUCACGAGCUUGUCGAUGCUCGACGGCGAAGUCAUCGCAUCCGUCAACAUUCCUGCCAAUUUCAAAAACGGCUUAACUGACUACAUAGCUAUCACCUCUGGCUCGGACACAAUUUCUUCCAUCGCUUGGCUGGACCAAGGAUCUAUCAAAGCAGCUUCCUUAAAACCUAACCUUAAGGGUCAGGUAUUUGCAAUCAAAGGAAUGCAGUACAAGAGGAUUAUGGACGUUGGACUCUCCCAUGAUGGGCAGUUUAUUGCCAUAAAAGAGGAUGGUGCUGCUCAAGUACUACUUCUUGAUCCACAGACGUCUUCCUUGAAAGUUAUAUGGGAAUUUACUGAUUCAGCCCCAUCCAAGCUUUACUCCGACUCUCAUUACGUUGGCGGCCUCAAUAAAGACGGUGAACCUCGUAUAGCACGAGUGUAUUGGUCUAAUGUCCACAAUAGAGUUGUAUAUCAAGUGUUUUCUGCUCAGCUUGCUGAAGGGAAGGGAUCUGUCUCUGGGUUUACUUUCCCAUUCGAGACAAGUGUCCAUGGCAUUGUCGCUCAUGUGGCUUUUGACGUUGCCGGCUCAGACGAGUCGACAGGGACCCGGUUCCUUCUGACCAGCUCAACAGGUUCUGUCCAACUUUGGCAGCAGGACUUAUUAUCAUGGGCUCGUGAGGAAUCGCUAGCGACUAUCAAAGUUGCAGAAAUCGUGGAAAUGCCCCAAGAAAAAAUGACUGAAGAACAUGUCAGGUUGGAAGAGGAAGGUUUCUUUGAACGUGUUACGAGACAGUUCUCGGAUGCUAAAAAUCUUCCGCAAUACGCAGUGAACUUUGCCAGAAGAUUUGCUACCGGAUCUCACGCACCCAUUUCUAUCUCGCAAGAUGAAGAGUCCGUUUCUCGGGAUGCAUUCGGUUUUCGUCAAGUCAUCGUCGCAGCCACCUCACAUGGCAAGAUCUUUGGUAUCGAUUCUAGUAAUGGAGAAAUAUUGUGGAGUCGCGUACUUGGACUUGGUUGGGCUGCAGAAGUCGGCGGCACGGUGAUCCCUGUCAAGUUAUAUGUGACGCGUACUGUCAGCGAUGGCGAUGCACCGCAAGUUACUCUGGUUACGCAACGUCGAGCAGACAAUACACUUGUCGACACUGUCAUAUUCCAUCUUGAUGUGUUAACAGGAGACGAUGUCAGAGCAGAGUCAAAAUCACCUUCUGGUGCGAUUCUUGAAGGCUUUGAUAUAAUUUCUGGUCCUUUGAUAGAAGCAUUCAUGUUACCUACGCAGAACAAGACGAUCAUGCUACUGGACGAGUUCUUGCAGGUUCGCAUUUACCCUGACACCCCGGAAGCCGAAGCAGAGUUUCAAGCUCUUGCCCCCUCCUUGCAUUUCAGCCUCCGCACGGGAGGACCAGGACAGCGAAAAAUUAUGGGACAUCAAACAAUUUAUAGCCCUGAUCUAUCUAUGUACUAUAUGGCAUACCCGACCUGGACUAUUCCAUUUCCCCCUGAAGAGGAUGUCAAAGCGAUUAUACCCUCAUCCCCUGGUCUCCUUGCUUCGUUUGGUCACGUUCUGGGCAACCGCACCACCUUGUACAAAUACCUGAACCCACAUCUGACGGCCGUCUUGACUUCCUCACUAUCGAAUUCCCCCCCUACUUGUUCCAUCUACUUGCUAGACGGUGUUAGCGGCAGUAUCGUGUAUCACUCUUCCAUCCCUGCUGCAUCAGGAGUUUGUGAUGUGAAGGCAACCCUGGCCGAGAAUUGGCUCGUUUAUCAUUAUUUCGACGAUGAGCUUGCAGGAUCUGGACAAAGUAAGGGGCAUCGCAUUGUCUCAGUCGAGUUGUAUGAAGGCAAUGACAUCGAUGAAAAAAUCAAGAGCUCCGACAUUACUUCUUAUUCGAACAAAUCUGCCGAAGUAACUGCUUAUGAGCGGUCGUUUGUCUUGCCCUAUGGCCUCGCAGCUCUUACUACCACGACAACAAAAUUCGGAAUUACCACCAAAGAUCUUAUUGUGGCUAGUCGCAAAAACAACAUCCAGUCUAUACCUCGCCGCCUCUUGAAUCCCCGAAGGCCAAGAAAUAAACCCACAAACGAGGAAAUGGAAGAGAUGCUUGUUCAAUACGACCCUCUUCUUCCAGAUGAUGCAAGGCUCAUCGUAUCUCACAACUAUGAGGUUGCUAAUGUCAACCGUAUUGUGACUGCACCUUCCCUCUUGGAGUCCACGUCGCUGGUGUUCGUACACGGGCUGGACCUUUUCUUCACGAGGACUGCCCCAUCAAAUACGUUUGACGUAUUGAGUGAAAAUUUCAACAAAGUUCAGCUCGUUCUCACUAUUGUGGGCUUGGCCACUGCAAUUAUUGUUACAAGGCCAAUGAUGCGUCGGAAGCGUCUAAGGGAACGAUGGUAUAGAUAGCUUGUACUGUACCUUGAAGUAUAGAAGAGAACCUGAAGGGUUGUAGACAUUUGAAAAUCCUUGCAUACUACAAAUCAUUUCUACUU